UUUCUUUUCACUGUUACUAAACAAACCUGGCAUCACUGGCGAACCGACGUGAUGACGGCGACGUCGGCGAAAAAAUAAAUCCCCCUUGUGCAAGUGCAAAAAGAAGUGCUCUCUUGUGUGCGCCGCGAACGGUUUUUGCGGUCGGUGGAAAAAGAGUGUGUGGUGCAGGUGAGGAGAAGAGUUGUAGCAGGAGCGAAUUCAGUCCGGAAAACAGCAGCUGGAGGGUAAAAUGUCGGGAAAUACUUGCUUUAAGUGCGACCGGCCGGGCCAUUAUGCUCGUGAUUGCCAGAACGUCGGCGGAGGUAGUAGUGGCGGUCGUCCAGGUGGCCCUCGUGGAGACCGGCGUGAAUUCGGUGGCGGAGGCCGACGUGAGAAGUGCUACAAAUGCAACCAAAUGGGACACUUCGCACGCGAUUGCAAGGAGGACCUGGAUCGUUGCUAUAGAUGUAACGGAAGCGGUCACAUUGCGCGCGACUGCAGCCUAUCGCCGGACGAUUCGUGUUGUUACAAUUGCAACCAAAGCGGUCAUCUGGCCCGUAACUGUCCAGGAAAAAGCGACAUGAACGUGUCUUGCUACAAUUGCAACAAGAGUGGUCACAUUUCACGAAACUGCCCUACAGGAGACAAGAGUUGCUAUAGUUGCGGCAAAAUUGGCCACUUGAGUCGUGACUGCACUGAGAAUAAGGGUCGCGAUUAGAAGUCGGGUUAUGCGUCGUCGUGGUGUACCAGCAGCAGCAGCAGCAUCAACAACAAUAAUAAUAAUAACCAUAUUCACAACAACAGCGGCAGCAAUAUCAACAGUAGCAACAGUUUAAACCACAUCAAUAACAAUAACAGCAGCAGUGUGGUCGUAUCCGGUAACAAUUACUAUCACCGGUUUCCACCUCCUACAACUCCCUCACAAACGACCACAACGCAGCAGGAGCAGCAGAAGCAAAUCUUCGGUGGACUGAAUCCGUUCCAUCUGCAACAUCAGCAGCAUCCUUCGAUUCAUCAGCAUCAGUCGAUUCACCAGUUUACGUUUACCGAAAGUACGAUCAAACCGAUGGUCGACAUUGGCCAGCAACAAACGAUCGCAUCAGCAGCCUACCUUCAACAACAAAAGUCGAGCUAUUAUAACAGCGCUUCAUCACCGAUUGGUGCUCAUCUUGGACAUUACAGCGCAACAGGCGCUGCAGUUUCGGGCACUGGUGCGGUGUCCAGUGUAAUGGGAGGGGGAGGAGGUCAUCCUGUAACUACAACGGCUGUCGCUGCAGCAGCCGCUGCUGCUGCUGCCACCCUUCACGCAAAUAAACCGCGAUUCAAAUUAUAAUACUAAAUGAUGAUUGAAAAAAAAAAACCUAUACCUAAAUGUUAAUAAUUCAUGAAUGAGCCAACACAAGGAAGAGGAAGCAAAAAAUAGAACGAUCGAUAAGCAACUAGGAGUUAUAAACGGUAAAAAGAUUUAAAUGAUUCACUUUCACACAGAUAAACAAUCAAAACACUCAUAUAAGCAUUUUACGCCAUUGUUUUUUUUUUUCUUUUUCAUGUUCUUAAGUGUACGAAGCAAAAGCAUUGAAAAAAUUUACACUUUCGUAUGAAGAGCAUAAUAAUAAAGAACCAAGGAAGGCGUAAGCAACCGUAACAAGGUUUAACUUUUGUUUAUUUCUUUUUAUUUUUACUUAACUAUUAUUAAGGUUGAGGGUAGCAUUUCUGAUGUAGAAUCAGUUAUAGAAGUGUCAAUUCCCGUUAUCAGUUUUACUUCUUUUUUUUUACACAUGUGUUUGUGUUUCUAAUGCCCCGCAAACGAAGGUGUCCAAAAAUGGAAACAUCUCUUACCACUAAGCGCAGAAAUAAGUUAUUAGAAACUUUGUUAGCAGUUUUGUUAGUCGGAACAGUAAAUAGAUCAUCCGAAUAAGUGGGUGUACCCGAGCAGAAAAACUCACCGGUUCGAUUUUACUAAUUUCAAAAUCAGCGAACAUCUAAGCGAUUGCAUCAGCCUUAGGUUUUCCAUAUAUUACAAGUAAUGGAACUCGAAGCAAAUUGAAACAAUAUAGCAUAAACGGAUUGAGUACCAUCGCUUCUUAUAACGGUAGUUUUGCAAGCAGCGCGCUACUCCAAAGAUGAAAUCCGAGAUAGCCUCUUUUUUGUCGAUUUUAAUACAACUUUCGUGCUACUCCUGACACUAUUUUUGGAAACCUUUUGCUACUAUUUCUUACUCAAUAGCCGCGAGCGCUAAAUGAAAGCAUUUCGUUGAGGUUAAUGCAAAUGUGUUUUGGAACAUUAUUAUCAGUUUGUUAGUUAAUUUAUUUAUUUCAUUCAGUUGAAAAUUAGCUACCAUAAUCAACAAAAAAUUUCAAUCAUAGUUGUGCUGCUAAAUAUAAAGUUCAACUCGAAUCAACUUCGAUUUGCUUUUGCACGCUUCCAUCAGGAUAGAACUAAACGUUUCAGAUGGUAUGGAUCUCAUUAUUUUGGCAUUCGUUUAUGUCGCAAGCAUUUUCCUCUAACUGCGCUUCAGCUUCCGUUUAUUAUCAAUAGCAAGCUUCUCUGGAAGUUGAUCUUGUCUUAUCUCACUAUAGAGUCGAGCGCGCUGAAAAUGCCAUUUAUUGGAAUAAAACAGUACACAAUAUUACAAAAAAGAAUAGAUUUUUGCGUAUUAGUCUAAAAAACAAUAUUUACUAAAUACAAUUGAUUGCAAAUUAUGAACCUUUAAACAAACAAAAUCUAUUAAAAUAAUGAAAAGAACAAUUUUAGUGUCGAUAAACGUCUAUAUAUUGAUGCAAAAAAAAAUGUAAUCGUACAAAAAGAUUAGAUGAAGCAGACCCAAAGUUGAACAGCAAGAAGGAAAGAAGCAACACCGAGAACCGAAGUAAGGAGAAACAAGAUCUCACUUUUCCAGCUAACGAAUUUCAGCAGGAGAAAGAAGAAAAGGGAAACGAAUAGAAGAAUACACACACGAUUCACGCUAUGUUAUUCUUUUUUAAACUGUGAUAACAGCCAAAUCAUAGAAGAGCAGACGAAUAGGGAGAAAUGACGAAGCAGAAUUAACAAAACAAAAUUCUACAGUACUGAUGCGCGGAAGGAAGCCACAUUUUGGGAUAGUAGAGAUUCCAAACAGACCCGCACCUCCAUGGUAUGUUUGCACUUUUUGAUGGAGUGAUGCCUAAAAAGAUUUUUUUUAAUAUCAACUAGGCAACUUAUAAAGCGAAUUAAUUCGGGAAAUUAAAGGAAGUUUCGUUCGGUGGAAACUGUUUUCUUAGCCGUUCUCGCGUUUACAAUACAAAACCGUUACACACCAUACACGUAUAAAGUGGGAAAAGCAGAAGCUGAGUUACUGAAACAAUGAAGAAAACAAUGCCGAUGCCGGACAAGGUACGAAAAUACUACGUGUUAUCGUUUUAUGAUAACGUUGGCGCUCUAUUCAUUUAUUUUUUACUUUUUAUACAUAACUCACACCGAACCGAAAGAAGGUAAAGGGGCUACUUACUGUAACUUUUAGAAAUCAAAAAAUCCCACGCAAACGAAGAAGAGAGAUAGAGAGCAAAACCAACAAACAAAAGCAAAGAGUACCUUUAAAACAAUUAAUUUAGCAACAAAAAUACAAGAAUAAUAUUUUACACGUUUUCCGUGUGGUAACACACACACACACACAAAAUAUGAAAUAAUAUGCAAUUCACAAAGUUGGCAGAAUGAUGACGAGAGCGGGAGGCGCCGUAAUGCGCGUUAUUCUAAUUCCUAAGUGCUCAAAAAGAGAACGACGAGAGACGAAACGAGAUGGGAGAUUUUUUCGGAGGUACUUACCAAAUACUAAAACUAACGCAAAUCAGCGAAAGCGAGAGAAGGCAAUCUUCUCAAAUCUCAGGAACCAAAGUUUUCUUUUACCAAGUGGCGCAGUAAGUCGCAAACUGGUGGAAGGACUGCGGCAAGACGAGAGCGGAGAUAAAGUUAAACGAGCUGUAAAACACUCACACAUACCCAACAUACAAACAAUAGCAAACAUGAUAUUCCCUCAACACUUGGAAAGGCAUAAUUUUUCACCUACGGGUUAACACUAACACAUUCAGAGAAUAGCAAGAAACUACAUCAACACAAAUGUUCUUUUUUACCAAUCUAUGAUGAGAGAAAAGUCAGUGUGUUACGAUGGAGUAAAUAAACAAAUACUACCACAUCCACACUAGAUGCAAACAAUGUUGAACAACAGCGAAAACCAGCACAUAGAAAACAGUAGACAAAUAGUAACAAAAUUUAAACCCUGUAUUCUAACUGCGAUGGAAAAACGGAAGGAGUUGAAGGAAAAGGAGAGACUUUAUAAAACCCUAAGGUAAAAAAUGCGAAGACGGAGGAGUCGUAAAUGUGCGAGAUUCAAGUAACACACACAAACAGAGAAAAUCGAAGAAGAAACUGCGAAAAAUGUUAAAUAUCUAAAAGAUUACAAACAAUGCACUAUUAUUAUUAUUAUCUUGAUUAUUAUAAAAUACUACAGACAAAAAAACUGAGAAACAAUAUCGAGAAGGACAAACUGCAAAAGUGACAAAAACCUACAAAAA